GACGUUCUUAAACAGAAAACUGUCAUGCGCGUAAAAGUUUAUUCUUUGUUGUUUCUUUCACUGAGGCCGGAGUUCAACAGUUCUAGGCUACCUUGUGUGGCAUAAGUGGCUGUCCUAUCGGUGUAUCCUCCGAGUCGCGCAUUCUCUGAUCAUACUAUUUUCGGAACACUCAAAACACCUGGCAGAGCAAGGAAAUAUGGAAACAAAUCGACACAGUGCAUUUGUUGUAGGGAGCACACCGCUGUCUGCAUUACACAACAUGACCGAGAUGAAGACGUCUUUAUUUCCCUACUCUUUACAAAGUCCCCCGGGGUGUAAAGCUUCGUCGCUCACGAAUUUAAACUCGCAGAUUCCCCUCGGAACACCACAUGGAAUUAGUGACAUCUUGGGCAGACCCAUCACCACGGCCGGGCAACUGUUCUCGGGAUUUUCGAGGAUAAAUGGAUUGGCCACCUCUGCUGGGAUGUACUUCAACCCAAUGUCUCGGUAUGCCAAGCCGAUGGCGGAGCUCCCUGGGAGAGCACCCAUCUUCUGGUCGGGCGUAAUGCAGACCGCGCAGUGGCGGGACUCGAGGAUGCCAUGCCCAGCUCAAGCAAAUAUGUUGCUGGACAAGGAUGGCAAGAAGAAGCACUCGAGACCAACCUUCUCAGGACAACAGAUAUUUGCUUUGGAGAAAACUUUCGAGCAGACCAAGUACCUUGCCGGUCCAGAGAGAGCUCGCCUUGCUUAUUCCCUGGGCAUGACGGAAAGCCAAGUCAAGGUUUGGUUCCAAAACAGGAGAACGAAGUGGAGGAAACGGCACGCCGCGGAGAUGGCAACUGCGAAAAAGAAGCAAGACUCUGAAACGGAAAAAAUGAAGGACACUUCGGACAUCGAGGACGAUGACGAGUACCACAAACCACUGGACCCGAACUCGGAUGACGAGAAACUUACAAGACUGUUGAGCAAACACAAAACCACCAAACUGUCACUGAUCAGCCCUUGCAGCAACCGCUCGGAUACCUUAUGAUGGUUCGUGGCCUACACUGGGUAUGGCAAGCUACAGGAAAAUAUUUAACGAGCAUACUGACCAGGCGUAGCUGUUAUGACUGAGGACCCACCAUUCACCUAGGUCAAUAGGCCUCUUAUGAGCAGCCUUGGGAAUUCGCCACUGAAAGAUGCCGAGGCUAUCCCAAAUCAAACGCCGCUCUGUGGUCAAUAGACUAUAGCUCAUUAUCAUAGACCAAAGAGUGGGAUUUUGGCAGGUAUCUGACCUCACGUGGAUUUUGAUUCGCUGUCGUUGGCACUUUUUUGUCAUCCACCCUAUCCUGUCAUUAUAAUAAUAACCUGUCUGGAAUGUGUGGAAAAUGGCACAAAGAAUUGUCAGUUCGUAAUGUAUGGAAUGACAAGAUAGGUCUGUGUCUAACAAAAUGCGUGUAGGCUAUAACGCCGUUGUCGUAUCUUGCCUGUGGACUCCCGAUCACCAAAACGGCAGCUAGAUUGCCCACUGUGGGCCGACGUGACCUCCUGCAAUAGGCUACCUGGGAAGCUGUAGCCUUCUUUCAUGCUGUUAUAGCUUGUAAUAUUAAUUCUCAAUGGUUGUCACAGCAGGUGUCUUCUUUUCAAGGAGGCUAUUACAAAUUAUUAAUGUUGUGUAGCUUUAAGUGUUUUGAGGUUUCUAUUAAAACGUGUAACAACCUAGACCCUUCAGGAGACCUGCUUUAAGGUGAUAAUGAAAUGUCGAAUGUAUUUAAAAAAAAAGAAAAAAAAGAAAAGAAGAAUGACAUCAGCGAAUAGGCCAUGACAUGCAAGGAGGAGAGACCCUGUAGCCUACCAGAAAUAAAUUCCAAUGACAUAACAGG